CAUUUAUCACCAAACGAUGAAUCAAUGUCUAUCAGAUGGCGAGCAUGAGAACUUGCCACUUUUAAUCGAGCAGAGUGGACGCCAGAAGAGCCAAACUCUUCCCAAGUCGCCGCACUUUCGACAACCUUCGCCAUCCUGGGUCGUGUGUUUUUACACCAAUUACAUGUUCAUUUUCGGAGUCUUGGCCAUCCCAGAGUUUAAUGCGACUCUCUCCUUGAUCUGUCACCAGCGAUACCCACUCGGCCGACCCGCCCGCGAACCUACCGAGGAACUCAAGCAAUGUUUCGCCAACAAACAAGCGCAAUCCGAUCUGUCUCGCUUUCUCAUCUAUGGCCAAGCGACAGCCGGUCUCCUGGGUGCCUUUUCAACCCCAAUGCUGAGCUCGCUGUCAGAUCGCGUCGGUCGCAAGCCGAUCCUCGCCUGUACCGUAGUGGGACCGCUGCUAUAUGAGACACUCAUGGUAUUAGUCCUCCGCUAUCCAGAUUGGAUAGAUAUCCACUGGCUGCUCGUGGGAUAUGCAAUGGAAGGCCUCAGCGGGACCAUGAUUACCGCAACAGCGACCUCGCAGACAUACAUCACCGACCUCACACGCCACAGCGCCCGGGCGCGCUGGUUCAGUUAUUUGCAGGCAGCGUUUUCAUUCGCGGGCGCGGGAGGGCCUGUCGUUGCCGGCUUACUGCUGACGACGCCUAAUGGCAUGCAGCUGAUCUACCAGCUUGCUGUGGGUGCUCACAUAUCCCUCUUGCUGUUGAUUCUUUUUGUCUUGCCCGAAUCGCGCAGCCCAGACUCAAUUAGUCGUCGCGACCGAGACGGAGACAUCUUAGAAUCACCCCCCGACGAGAGGAACCUCCGCGGGUGUCUGAUGUCGAUCAGGUCCAUUUGGGAAUCCCGAGUGUUCCGACAGAAGAAUAUGAUCAUUCUGGCCGUGAUGGACAUGAUUGUAUUUGGGAAUAUAAUAGGCCUGCCCACGCUACAAUUGGCAUACCCGGCAUUCUUAUUCGGAUGGGCACCGACCACGCAAAGCUUCUUUUUCUCCAUCACCUGUUCAUGCAGUGUUCUGGUUUUGACGUUGGUAUUUCCUCCGGUACUGGCUCAGGUACGUCGAUGGAAGAGGAGGGUGGAUAUGCCGAGUCAGUCGACUGCCUCCAAUUCUGGGGAGGUGGGUUUGAUCCAGGUGAACUUUGUACUACAGAUGGUAGGCUAUAUGGGCAUCGCCUUCUCACAAGCGCCUAGCCAUUACAUCGUAUCCUCCUUGAUCCUUGCAUCUACUACAUCCAUUACGCCUCUGUUAACAUCAUGUCUCACAGCGCAAACGCCUCACUUUAAAUCAGGGCAAUUACUAGGAGCUUUGAGUUUUCUUCAUUCAAUUGCUCGAGUUGUGAUUCCUGCGCUCCUGAAUGCUACGUACAGCAUGACGAUAGGACUCUAUCCGGCGCCUUUGUUUAUGUUAUUGUCAACAACCAUAGGGGGUUUGCUCCUUGCCAGCAUGUAUAUAAAAACAAAUACACUGUGA